CGAUAUCACUCACCAUCUAUACAACUCGAGUAUGUCGGAAUUCCUCUCCUCUUCUCCGUUUGUUCUGAAAUAGAUAUACCAGGAUUUUUUCAAGACAUCAUGGAUGGCUUUUCUCAGCGCUCUUCAGCAGCACUGACUUCAAGUUCCAUACGCUGUUGUCCCCACUGUGAAAAGGUAUUCAACAGAGAAAUCCAAUAUAAACGACAUGUAUUAUAUUGUCUCCAGGCAGAGACAAAGCGCAAAGGUCGGCCUAGAUCCUGUGCGAAUUGCAGCACCGCCAAAACAAAAUGCAGCUUCGACCGGCCACAGUGUUCAAGAUGUGUUAAUAAAGAUCUACUCUGCGUCUAUGAAAGAGCAAAAAAAGUGGGCCGUGGAGGUGACGGUCGAGGAGAGCCCAUGGUCUUCAGAACAGACGGGGAUUCAAGUCUCGUUCGCGCAAGUUCAAAAGGGCCCGAAACCGAUGUUUAUGAUAUUCCCGAUAGUGUCAUCGCACUUGGCCGGGAAGAUAUAGACCUGAACGCCAUAGAAUGGGAAAACUUAGACUGGGACUCAAGCUUUCAGCAAGGUGGAUUUCUGAAUUCUACAUCCAGGAGUUUCUCAGCAAGAUCGGCCACCUUUCGACAAACCCUCUUUCCGGCGGCGCCCGCAAUUCCAUCUAGAAGGAAAGCUGUUACACCUCGUUAUGCACUGAGUACGCCAGUCGAACACGGUGUCAAGUUGGUGCUGCAUAUCAUCCAUGCUUUUCCGCAGAUGAUGUUGCGUCGACAGACAUUUCCUCCGUUCAUUCAUCAACACUGGCAUACUACUACUCUACCCGAGAAGCUGGCAACUUGCAUGAGUAUAGCUCAGCUCUUUGCUUCAAGAACCCAAGAAACCAGACCUUUUCUCUGGCGAUCUAUUGACAGUGAAAAUCAACGCUUUAGGGACGAAAUGAUGAUUUAUGCCCCUCAUGAAAUUAUUGUUGCCAUGCAAGCACUUGUUAUUUACACAAUAAUGGCUAUUGUGGAUCAAAAUGGCGAAUCACCUCCUCGCUAUUCAUACUUGGCUCGCACAUUCAAGGUAUUGACAAUAAGAUUCAUACAAUUGCUCGGCACAGCUCCUUUUUCCGAGGCCGAAUGGGCGAAUCCAAGUCUUCAGUGGGAAGAUUGGAUUUUUGCGGAAUCCCGUAGGCGAUUAGGCUGUCUUUGGUUUGUCAUCAGCCGGCUCAUUUGCCCGGACGUGGACUUACUGUGUCCAACUUUGAAAGCCGCCCGAAACAAGCCAUUAUGUACAGCUAAAGGCAUGUGGGAGGCCCGGUCUCGCGAAGAAUGGGAGACUGAGCGUUCUUUUUAUAACGCUAGUCUCUUAUACUUGGACAUGUGGAAUUUUGGGUCGUUGAUAGAUGCACAUCACGGUCAAGGGCCCUUGAAUACCAUGAGACUGGACGCCUGGGGAGCCAGCACCGACAAGAUGGGGGCUUUGCUGACUAUUGCAGUCUCUCUGUUUGAUAAAGAUCUAGAUGAAUCCCAAACGAGUCAGUGAUCGGCUGGCCCCUUUCCUUAUGAAAUAGCACUAUAUUCAAUUGUAUACGGAUUGCUCAAUCCUUUCC